UCAUCUACGCGCCGCUCAGAAGGUGGCAACAGUCGCUGGGGAGAGGUCGCGCCGUUGGUCCCUGCAAUCUGCGACGUAAUAACAUAACCUACAUUGCGAAACUGACGAGUGUUAUCGGUCGAAUUAUGUAAUCUCGCAGCGGUAGUUCUAUCGGUGCGUCUCUCCAGUCGUGAAAAAAACUUGUGAAUUUUCGGCGCAGACUGCGGACUCACGUGGUGCGGUAGGCCUAAAAGUGGAUGACCUUGUCAAUGAUGGUUAACACUUCGUCCGCACUCAGUACGUACGAGGGACUCGGCCGAGUGCCCGCGCUGGUUUUUUAACGCUAAAGACAUUUAAAACGAGAAUUGUAGUGAAAGUGAGGUUAGGUCAGCCUCCAGUGAUAAACAGCUGUGAUCGUGGACAGUGCGCUGUGAUAUAGCUUACGAUGAUGGAACCUCCGAUGACCGAGAUCGACAUGGGGUUCGAACCACAGACGAGGGCGAGAUCCAACACGUGGCCGCUGCCUCGUCCCGAGAACUACGUGGAAGAACAACCCACCAUCAAGUGCGAGGUGGGAGAGGGUAUGGACCAGAAGAUUUUGGGGAUCGCGGGUCCCGUCGUGCCCUCGGCGACGGCAGCCCUCAAGAAGAACUCCAGUAGGAGGAACGCCUGGGGAAACUUAUCCUAUGCAGACCUCAUCACUCAGGCCAUAAGCUCGGCGCCAGAGAAACGCCUCACGCUGUCGCAGAUCUAUGAAUGGAUGGUCCAGAACGUCCCGUACUUUAAGGACAAGGGUGACAGCAACAGCUCAGCAGGAUGGAAGAACUCCAUAAGACACAACCUUUCGCUGCACAACCGCUUCAUGAGGGUGCAGAACGAGGGCACGGGCAAAUCCUCUUGGUGGAUGAUCAACCCUGACGCCAAGCCGGGCAAGUCGGCGCGCCGCAGAGCGACCUCCAUGGAGACCUCCAAGUUCGAGAGGAAGCGAGGGCGGGUCAAGAAGAAGGUCGAGGCCCUACGAAACGGUCUAGACGCCACGCCGAGUCCCAGCUCCUCCAUAUCGGAGAGCCUGGACUUGUUCCCUGAAUCCCCACUACCCGGCUUUCAGCUGAGGUCUGUCCAUAUGUGUAAUAUGUGCCCGGACUUCAGGACGAGAGCGAGUUCGAAUGCGUCGUCUUGCAGCCGCCUGUCUCCCAUCCCCGCGUUGGAGCCCGACUGGAGUCCCUAUUACGGGCCGGAGCAGCUCGCCGGCAACCUGGAAUCCACCAUGAGGCUGGAUCAACCUCAGUUCAUGUACCCCACGCCGCCACCAUACCAUCCACCCGCACCCUUCCACCCAUACACGCAGUGUCCCUUGCAUCGAGGCCACCAGCCCUGCAACUGCCAUCAACACCCUACGGCCAAGCAGAGUAUCUCACCGUCCUACCCGCAGUCGCCCAGUCCCAGCCCUCCCGCCACGAUGAUGGGGCAACUGAUGGGAGCCCUGAACCACCCUACGUUGCUCGACGACCUCAACCUCAACAUCGAGACCAUCCCCGGUGGCUUCGACUGUAACGUCGAGGAAGUCAUCAGACACGAACUCUCCAUGGACGGAAACCUGGAUUUCAACUUCACGCAACAACAGCAGCAAGCGGCUGCGGAUCCCUAUUCGGGCCGGUCCUGGGUGCAUUAGCGGGUUCCAUGGAGUCUGUGACAGCCCAGAUCUAGUGUCUCGUCUCCACUGUGGCACUCUUCUUUUCAAUGGCAGCUAGCUCGGAACUGUUUUGUGUACAUAUGUAUUUUACAUAUUUGUUAAGGUUAUUAAAUUUUUAUUUUUUAUUAGAAAAAAUAUUAUUGAUAUAAUGGUGUACGUUAUUCUUGAAAUUUAUAAUUAAAUAAAAACUCAUUAAAAAACGAAUACAAUUUUGUACAAUGUUAAUGUUAGUUACAAAUUUAAUAUUUAAUUUCCCAAAAAAUAUAACAUUUUAAAGCAUUAAGUUAAAUUAAUAGUUACUUCAUAUUAUUGGAAAUUGAAGAAGGAUCACUCAAAAAAUAGUUUAAAAUAAAAAAAUAUAGAUUAUGAAAUUGAUCUCAAUAGCUUAUGUAAUAAAAAUAAAUGAGUAGAAUAGAGAAAGAAUAGAUUAAUAGAGUAGAAUUUAAAAUUCAGGGAUUUUUGUUGAAUUUUGUAGAUAUGUUGAAGGUGAGAAAUGUUUUCGAGUUUUUUUAACAAAUGAUAUAGUUUAUAUAAACAAAAAGUUUGAAAUUAUAAUUUGUUAUAAAUUGUCAGAUCGCAUAAACUUAGCACAAAUACAAUCUCAAUUGUACUUGUAUUUUUCAUGACAUUUCAACAGCAAUUCUACAAUAUUUUAAACUGAUUUAUAAGUAUUUUUUAUGCCUAAUAUAAAAACGGUAAUGUGAAAAUAUGAGAUUGAAAAUAUAUAAUUGAAAAAUAAUAAAUGUUACACCAAUAAAAAUACCAUUAGCAAUUUCUGAGGAGUUUGUCAUGAAGUAGGAAAAUAAAUAUUGUUUUGUAUUUUAGAAAAUGUUAUAAUCUAUUGAUUUUAAAUUCAAAUGUGUUGUACAGUAAUAGAAAGUAAUUAUAAUAUUAAUUAAGGGCCAAAAAUAUUUCAAGGGUAAUAUUAAUAACCAAAUUUGAGACAAUUUCAUCAAUUAGGCCAAAAGUUCAUUUUUUUAGAGUAAAAUUUGUAUAACUCAAUAAUUUCUUUCAGAUGUUGAAUACUAAUUAUUAUAAUUUUUUAAUUAUAAAUUAGUUUUUUAAGUCCAAAUUAAGUAUAUAAUCUACUGUUAUAAUCUGUGUGAAAUUAUUACUAUUGUACUUAAAAUGUGGUAUAAAUUAACUUCAUUUAUUAUCAACAGACACAAAAAAUAAAUAAGAUAACAUCACAGUUUUACUUUCAACAUGACCAUAAACCUAUUUUAUUGUUAAAAGUUGCUGCUUGAAAUAUUGCAUGCAAAUUAAUAUAUGCAAGCAACUAUUUUAAUGAAAAUAGUGAAGGUAACUUUUUAACCCAUAUUUAGUUCUCUAUUAAGAUUUCAUUUUAACAUCUCAAUCAACUCAGAUAAGUUAAUUUAUUGGAGAACUCAGGAAGAAAAAUACUGAGAUAAGAACUGUUGAUUUUAAAUGGCAUGAAGUGUUUCAAAAUGUUGGCACAGUUUUUUAUUUCAUAGAGCAAUUUUUAAUUUAUAUUUGUGAAAAAUAUUUUAUCAACUACUUAUAACUUUAAUUUAUAAUUAUUUUUAGACUGUCAGAAUAAUUACUAUGCAAUAUAAAAAGAAAAUAUAUUUAUAUAGUACAUUUUUGAAGAUGAUUUUUUGUGUGAAUUAAAAUAUAGAAAAUGGCAAAGGCUUUAUCAUAAUUCUUUAACACUUGCAAGACAUAUAUUUUCCUUGUAUAGUGUUUCUUUUUCGUCCAACCUACUUUUGAAAAGGUUAUUAAUUAAUGACCAAUCAUCAGGGAAAUUUCGGAACUUACAAUUUAAAGUAAAACCGAAACUGUCAAUAUGUAUUUUUGGCCUAUAAAAUGGAUUAUUUGAAAAUAUUAAAACUCAGUUGCAGUACAUACCAGAUUGGUAGAGUUUUGGGUGAUGUCAUGGUCAGUAUAGACAUUCCAAAUUUCUGUAGUAAUGUUCAUGUUGACUAGGAAAGGACACCUAGCAAGCGUGAGAAUACUGUAGUCAAAUCUCAUACACAUUUCUCCAAGUAUCCAUGGAUUACAGUACUAUAGUACGAGACAUAUCAAUGUAAGCCUCGAUUGUAGUUUAGUGUUGCCAGCUGUAAUGCAAGAAUAACUAUUGAUGGAAUAAUCAAUUAAAUUCAACAAUCAUUACUGCUCAUCUUUACUUCUCAUCUAUCUUCCUCAGGCCUUUACAUUCACAAUUUAAAUUAAAACGAGUCUACACUAUGGCUCAGAGCAAGAGUAAAAAUUAAUUAUAAUAUUAAAACAUGGAGAGUAAUUGAAUGCCAAAGAACAAAACUGAUGUAAAAAACUGGAACAAAGCGAGACAUCAUUUUGCGGGUCGACUUACACUGAGAAUCAGCUGAUAUGACAAUGUUGCAAUGCCGCAUAGUGAGGACGGAAGUGAGGUACAGUAACUUCCCAUCCAGCUUUGCAAUGAUGUGUCUCACACUAUGUAUAUACUUAAUCCAUUGAUGUUUAUGGAUAUCUCUAAUUAGUAUCCAGAUUGCCACUCAAUUAGCUGCUGCAGUCAAAAUGUUAAGUUACUUAGGAAGCCAUGUUAAUUUGUAAGAGACUCCACUGAAAUAUUGUAGCUGUCAUUGAAUAGAUUUGUAGACUUCCACGUUGUAUGAUGUAGUGAGAAGCACUGAAGUACUCUAUGUGCCAAAUGACAAUUUGUGUCAAACUGUAACCCUUGUUGCCAACUCUGUUCUCUACAACAAAAUUAUAAUCUUUUACCUCAACAGAUGCUUUAUCGAUGUCGUGUAACGAGCUUAAAUAGUUCACUACCACUCUUAUGACUGACCUAUUGUUGGGCUUUCAGAACUAAAUCAGUCAUACAGAUCUAGCUGUAAGUUUGUGACAAUCUAGGUUCAAAUAAAUAAUUGACACAACUCUAAACCAUACAUAAGUUUAAUGGUUCUAAGGAGUUUGAUUCGUGGUAUUUCAAAUGGUUACAUCAUUAUUAUAUUUAUUAAAUCGUGUUAGCAUACUGUUGUAAGUUCUUAAAUUAAAAUGUUAUUAAUUUAUUAUUUUCGAAAUUGUUAAACCAUGUUUUGAUAUUUCUGUUCUUGUUUAAAUAUUACACUUAUGUAUUUUUUUUUCUUAUAAUGGUGUUUGCUGAGCAAGUCCUUUACUUUUGGAAAUGAUCUGUUUCCAUUGUAAAUAUUUGAAUUGAAACUUAUUUUUGAUAAAUAAUCUAUAUGAAAUGAUACUGAGAUCAGAGUUGUAUUUGUAUUGUUGAGGGUUGUGUCUUGUAUGUGCCAUUUCCAAAACAGGAUUAAUGAAAACGUUCAAAUUAUACGUAACUUACAACGCUCAAGAUUUUUUAAACACCUUAACGAAUAAAUCUAUUUGUAAGUUUCGAAAAAUAUGUUUUAUAAGAGAGGAGUUAGUUUAGUUUAAACAAUAUUGUUAAGUAGAUGUGUUGAGACGGGCGCAAAUCUCGUCACUGAAUUGUGUGAUUGUUGUGAUUCAUGUUUUGUGAAAUGGAGUUGGCUUAUUGCUACAUGUAAAAAUUUUAGAGGUAUUAACCGUUUUAAUUAAACACAGCAAAGCAAGACUAUCCAUUAGAUAUGUUUCAGUUAUUAACAAAUUAUGAACAUGAAUUUUUAUCCUAGAAUAAAUCAGUGCGUUGCUUAGAAAAAACAUAUUUUUGUUACGAACAUGUACAACUCCACUUUGCAAACAUAUUUGAGUCAAAACAUAGUUACCCGACCGAGUCAAGGCAUGUUUUGGCUGUUAACCAGUGCUGGGCAAAGUACGUACAGUAGGCAGCUCUUGUACAUAUGAUUGUUGAGAAAUGUUUUGUACAAACUAAGAUAGGGUUAGGUUAGGUUAUGUUAUGUGUGUUGGUGGGUGUGAGGUCACCUGCGCCAGGAGGGUAUGCAGUGCCCGCUUUACGUGCCACGUAAAAAUAAUGUUACUUGUAUUAUUUCUAGACUUACAAGCUUAGGUCAGUGUUUAUUACUCGCGUAUUGGCGCUUGGUUGUAUUUUUUAGUUUGAUGUCGAGCGAUCCGUGUUAGGGUGUAGCUAUCGUUGAUCGUUGUUGACCUUGACGUUUUAUCGAUGGUUGGUGUUUAGUGGUAGCCCUUUCUCGCUGCCUCGUAGACUCCCGACUCUCGGAUCAUAAAUGUUCUGUUCUUCGGGUCUUUGUGCUGAAAUUUAACAUUAGACUACUCCAUUGAAAUACAGUAUGCUAAAUUGCAAGAAAAAUCCGUAGUUUUGAUUUAUAUGUUCCAACAACUUUAAGUGAACACUUAUGUUAUAAUGGUGGUAAAACAUUUCCUAUUACUUUUACUUGUUAUAAGUGCCUUUUAAACCACUAUAUACAUUGCUUAGAGAAGCAAAUUUAUGUAUUAUUUGAAUCUAAGUUCAGGGUGUUAACAGUGUGUCUUUAUUGUGUAUUCUCUCAUAGCUAAUGUUUCAUUCCAGUAUUCAAAUGUUUAUUGAUUUUAGGCCAUCGACAAGCACUGUGUUUGGAUUCAAACAUUACUUUUUUAUUACAUUAUGAUUUGAAACUAAGAAAUAACCACCAUCACAACCUAAUUUACUUUAUCUUGGUAUCAGUACAGUAGUUUAUAUUUUCCUUUGGUUAUCUUGUUACAACAUUUGAAUCAAACAAUCUAAAGUGGGACUUAAACCUGUACUUAAAUACAUCAGAACCCUCUUUAUAAGAGUAUUUAAUAAAGUAUGAUAAAGCAAGACAUACUGGAUGUAAUGUGACCGCAAAGUGAAUUUAGAUUUUUAUUUGUUUUGUUUCUAAAGCAAGAAAAAAGUGUUUAUUAAUUUUAAAGGAGACACAGUGUUAUAAUCUAAGUGUAUAUAGGUUAAAGCUGUAAAGCAGAUAUAUAGGUUAAUAUUGUAUAAAUACUGAAAUGUAAGAAUAAAUUGUGUACAUUUAUGAAA